CGGGUAGCAGCGGCCGAGGCGAGUGCGGGGACCGGGGCCGCUGCGGCUCCUCCGUGUCCCUGGGGAAGAGGCUCGGGCGGCGCCGGGGAGCCUGGUGCUGGGGGCCUGCGGGGGAAGGGGCGGAGCGGGCGGUGUGCAGGCAGGGGCAGCGCGGCCUGGCUCCCUGCGCGCUCCCGCAGGCCCUCGCUGGGCCCCGGGGUGCAAACGCGACACGCUGGCGGGGCGCUCGGAGGGAGCCCACGCUUCCCAGGACUUCACGAUGAGAAUGAUUGAGAGCGUGGACUCCGUGGGCUCCAGGUCCAGCGAAGACCUCUGGGCUGAAAUCUGUUCGUGUCUGCCUCAUCCCGACCAGAAGGAUGCCAGCGCUGCUUUUACAGACUCCUUCCUGGACUCCUGUGCUGACGGAGGCAGCCAGGGCAAUGGAUCAGAUGGCUCUUCCCAAAACAGCCUGAAGCCCUGGGCCCCCCUGAACGAUUCAGAGGUGUAUUUAGCAUCCCUGGAGAGGAGGCUGAUGAGGAUCAGAGGCCUGUCUCAGGAGCUGACCUCCAAGGACAUGCUGCACACACUCUCCCAGGCCAAGAAGGAAUGCUGGGACAGGUUCCUGCAGGAGAAGUUGGAGUCUGAGCUCUACCUCGAGGGGCAGGACACUGAUGAGAGCACGCUGGAGCACCUGAAGCGCUGGCUGCAGCCGGAUAAAGUGGCCAUCAACAGCGAGGAGGUGCAGUGCCUCAUCCCUCCAGAGCCUCAGCCAGAGAAGCAGGAGCCCCAGGAAGAGCCUCUAGCUGCAGAGCAGUGAGAUACACGCCAGCCACGCCAGGAGCUGCCUCCUGUCCAACCCUGCUGACAGCAGCAACAGGGUGGGAGGGGAGGAAAUGUCAUUUGUCUGUGCUGUAGGAAACAAAAACCCCAACACACCAAC